AUGGAUUUUAGUGAUGAACAAGUCAAAUUUGACUCUGCUUAUUGUAUAUUUAACAGCCGCAAUUUUGAUUGUGAUGAACAUUUGUGUUCGAAACGUCAAUGGUCUUGUGGAGAUGGUCAAUGCAUAGCUGAUUGGAAUCGUUUUAUUUUUCAAACAUUUAUACCGAAAUCAAAUGAGUGCUAUAACUAUCGUGACUAUAAUUUCUUGUGCGAACUAAAACAUUUAUGGACCACGCCAUCCGGUUUAUGUUACCCAUUCUGGAUUGAAUUCGAUUUAGAUAUGAAUGGAGAUCGUGAUGAAUAUUGUCAAUAUUUAUUAAAAUGUGCUCUUUCUGGUGGUAAAGAAUUACAAUGUCCAUGUGGCAGCGCUGUUGCAGAAAAUAAUGAUCAAUAUAAUUGCUCGAUAAUAAUGAAAGAACUCAUGUGCAGCAACAAAAGUUUGUUAUUUCCAUUGAAAAGUGGUGUUAUUAAGCCGUAUAUGCAAUUUUAUUAUAAUAUCGAUCAUCAUAAUUGGUUGACAAAUCAAGAUCCAGAUAAAAUUAUAUUCAAUGGCUAUAUUAAAUGUCGCGGUUAUCAAGCAAGAGGAAAAAUGUUAGAAUUCGAUUAUAAUGAGAAUUUUAUUUUUCAUUCUCAAUUUGAUUUUUUAUUUUGUAAUUCAUCUAAUGUUGAGAAAGUAUACUCUGGGCCAUUUUAUGAUGAAUAUUGUUGGACAAAAGACUCCAAAACAUUUCAAAAUAAAUCAUAUCAUUUCAGUGAUAUAUGUAAACGAACAUCUAAAUACUGUAUAUCCGAUUAUCGUUUACUUGAUGGUUAUGAUGAUUGCGGUGGAGUUCAAUCGGAAGAUGAGCUUUUUAAUCCUUUUUAUUCAACAAAUAAUAGCUGUCUCAAUCAACAAAAAUAUCGUUUUACAUGUUCUCAUGAACAACAGCCAACAUGUUUACUUGUUGAACUAUUAGGUAAUCAAGUUAUUGAUUGUUUAAAUGGAUACGAUGAAUUUUUAUUUGGUCAUGAGAUGUCUUUAUUGAAUAUAAAAUGUCAACAGACAUCGAAACGAGAAGGUUGUCAAUUAUUACGACAAUAUAUCAAAUAUUCAUGGAUAAAAAAUCAGUCAGCGUUCAAAGAUAUAAUGAGUUUAACAGCAACAUUAACAUAUCAAUCAACAUCAUCAGCAUUCAGUCGCCUUACACCAUUUCAUCAUUAUUGUGAUACUUUUUGGGAUAUAUCAUCUAAAAAUGAUGAAAAUCUUUUACUCUGUCAAAAAUAUUGGGUUUGUUCGAAAAACCAAUAUCGAUGUUUAACGGGACAAUGUAUACCGCAAGAAUGGUUAUGUGAUGGUAAAUAA